CUGCUCGUUGGUCUUGACUAUCGUUAUGCCAAAACUCAUGUAAAAGUGCUUUUUUUCUUCCCCCAACAGCUGACAGAUGAGCUCAUUGCCGCCUACCCCUCUUGCUUCCCAGGAUUGGAGUCUAGGAUACACUGCCACUACAUGAUGCGUUGCUGCUUUGGGCCAGUUGUUGAGGCUUGUAUCCUGCUAGAUCGAGUACUCUUUCUCUUCGAAGCCGGCAGAGAACACUCUUUCCCCGUCAAUCCUCGGCUGGUUCGGGUUUUCGACCCCCUUAUCUCACCACGCUGUCAUGCCAUUGUGGCCACGAAAUAG